AUGGCCACAGCGACGAACAUUUCCGGAGGAGAAGGUGUCGUUCCCGCGGCGGUGCGCACGCGGUUGGCCGAGGAGCGGGACGUGCCCCGCCUCAUGCAAAUUGUGAACUGGGCCUACCGAGGUGCCGACCCGGCCGCAACGGCGGAGGAGGCCAAGGAGGCCAGGCCCAACCGCGCGUGGACCACUGAGUCGCACCUCGUGGCCGGCCUGCGCACCACCGUCGACGAGCUCCGGCGCCUGGUCGCCUCCGACCCCGCUCGCGCCGCCUUCUUCGUCGCCGAGGUGGCCACGCUCGACGGCAAGGAGAAGGAAGAGGAGAAGGAGCAGUGGGACGUCGCAGGGUGCGUGCUGGUCGAGAAGGCAGACGACGGCGGUCACCUGGGCAUGUUCGCGGUCGACCCCGCCCGACAGGCGCUCGGGCUCGGGCGCCGCCUGAUGGCCGAGGGAGAGGCGCACAUCUGGGAGGUCUUCGGCUGCGAGGCCAUCGUGCUCCACGUCGUCAGCGUGCGCCCCGAGCUGCUGGCCUACUACCAGCGGCGCGGCUACGUCGACACCAACCAGACCGAGCCCUUCCCGACCUCCGUCUACAAGCCACUCGUGCCCGAGGGCCUCCACUUCCGCAUCCUCAAGAAGUACCGCACCACCGCCACCGCCCAAUAA